UAAACAUUUUGUUGAACAAGGAAAUCGAUUGGAGCAGCUUUCGAAGAGGUAAGAUAUUUCAAAUUUAUUCAUAAAAUAAAACAGGGUGAAAACAAUGUAGAAAUUCCUUAUUCAUUUAUUAUCUUUGAUUAUGACAGUCAACUGUGAAAGGUUUUAAGAGCUGAAUGAUAAUUUCGGCUACAAGAGCGCUUUGUGUGAAAGUAAUAUAACGAGCUAGGAACUUCUGCCCAUUGCAAGAGUAAUUCGAGAGAAUUAAGGGUGUUCGUAGCGGGACAGAGUUUAUAUGGAUUCCGGUUUUCCAGUUAGAAAACUUAGUUAUAUAUCGCUGGUUAAUCCACCUUCCGGAAAGCUCAAAUCAUCGAGACUUUCACACUUACGCUAAAUUCAGGGGAAUAAAAUACCACAAAAUGAACUGAAUUUUAAAGAGUUCAUGCCGGAGAGUCGCUAAAGUAAAAAGUACCAUGCGUGACUAACGUUUGUUAAGAACAAAAACGUGUGGCUUUUUACACAAAGAUUAUAGUUUAAAUCAAAAAAUGGCUUAAGGCAAAAUCGACAAAAUCGGAUGGAACGUUUAGGCUGUGUAUAUCAAGCGAUAUGGCAGAUUACGACCGAUGAUUUUUAAUGGAGUUUGAGGAUUACCAAAAGUGUCAAAAGUCGGCGAAGAGUGAUACUGUAGACUGAGAAGACUGUGAAGGUUGCAUUUUUCGCCUUUUUUAAUCGAUUUUCUUUCUCUAGACAAAGCAGGCACGAGUUUGAAAAACACGUUCAGGAAACAGGUGUCACUUUAGAAUUAUGGUUUUAAUUUUAUCUUCUCCGCUUUUUGAGUGUCUUUAAAUAGAAACAAACUUUAAUAAAGCGAUUCAUUAAGAUUUCUAUCGAUCCACAUUAUCUUGGGCAUCAAAACUGAUCAAAAACUGAGCUACAAACAUGAAAAUGUUUUAUGUCAUUGCAUCGCGGGUGAUAAUUAAAGAAACUGCGAGUCAAAGUUACUACAUGAAAUAAAAGGAAGACAACAAAAGUUACUAAAACCGUUGUAGUCAUCAAAACACGAUUUAACAAACCGCCGUUGUAUUAAAACCGUUGAAUUUUGCACCCUGUUUGUUUCAUGGCAAACAAAGGCGUUGUAUUUCGGCUUUCUUUUCGCCAGAAUCAUCCCCCACUGACAGCCCUUACUGGGCUUUAGAUUAGAGACAACAAAAUGGAAAUUAGAUGGCUUUUUUUCGGAGUUAUUUCAUUCGCUACAACAAAAGAUGUCUGAUAAAUCUUUCCGGGGGCAAAUGAACACAUUUGAUUAGCAAAGUCGAUUCGACCGUGCGGCUUUUACACAAAAUUUUUGUGGUCACAACAGUGGAGCUCCUUUAGCAGCAUGUUUUAUCAAGUGGCUGAGUAAUGCGGAUUACAAAAAUAUCUUUUAAAAGCGGAUAAAAACUAACCAAAGCUUUUUGGUGAUUGGCAACGAGAAAUUAAGCUCUUUUUCCUUAAAGGCAAGGUCGUAUAACCAAACAAAAAAUAAACCGAGCCGGAAAUAAGAAAGGGAUCAAAAGCACAGCAAAACAAACGGUCAGGAAACGGGCCUUUGUCUGAUUAGAUGCUUGCUGCUUUUCUCUACUAUAUAAAGAGCUUUGGAUAUAUACAUCACUUUUUUAAAGAAAUAGGGAAGAUUAAGAUUAAUUCGUAGACAAGGAAAGAAGUACAAGCACGUUCUAAGAAACAGGAAAAGAACGAGAAAAUGAGGCUUGACUUCUCAGGGUUAUACGGAAGUUCCAUUCUGGUCAUUUGCUGAAAAAACACAUAGUAGAGGUUUCCGUCAACUCACUGUCAACUAAUGCGGUGACUAAUGAAAAAAAACUGUACCACUAUUAUUAAUCUUUCAGUUUUUUAUUUUGUUUUAUUACGAUACAAAACUGCUGACAGAAGACAAAAGUGUUUAUUGUUUUCAAUUCCACUGACUGUCUUCAGGGCAGAAAACUUUCCUUGAAUGAAUGGAAUAGAAUGGAUUGGAUUCACAAUGAAUGACGAACUUUGUUUGCCACAAAUUUCAAACAAUUUGAAGCUUAUCUUUUGUAACAGUUAUAUCAGAAAUAUGAGGUCUUUCAGACCUGCAUAAAUUCCAGAGUAUAAAGCAAUUAAUGCAGAAGAAAAUCUCCUUUCAUCUGCGCAUGCGUUUAGUUUGUUCUUGCACUAUUAUUUCACUUGUGUGAAGUGAGUUAACGUAAGCUCUUAAUUUUCGUCGGUGCCUACCUGUUCUCGCGUCUUGGUCGAAACAAUCGCUGCGUGAACAUAACAGUUACUCUACUUUUUUCGAUACUAAACCUGAUGCGCGUACGUUUGCGUUUAAUUGCACGCGUUGGACGUAUGAAAAACAGUCGCGUUUCUGUUUGCAUUCAGUACGUUGAGAUUGUUCACUUGUCAAUAUCGGCAAACUUCCUUCUUGAGAUACUCAAAUGCGCGUACGAUUCUUACUCUGUUUGUGUCUGCGUUGUAUCACUGCAUAGCGCAUGUGAAAUCGCAAUUGCGUUUUCAUCUGCUUUUUCGUUUGCAUCUCACGGCUGAACAAAAGCUUUCAUCACUGCUACGCAGGUUUUGAAGUAAUGUUUGGAAUUUUAAAUUUUGACGGCAACUUUAAACGUUAUCUAUGACGUCACUCUUAGUCACGUAAAAACCAGUCAUUGCAAGUAGAUUUUUUCUAGCUCAUUUCCUGCCAUUUUUGGCGUUUUAUUCAGAAUCCUUUAAAUUUCUCUUUGGAUAAAACAGAAGUAAAAACAGCCAUUUCUGAUUCUGGCCGACAGAUUCUAUGUCAGUCUACUUGUUAUUUUUGUCUUAUUUAUUCAUAAACAUCUUACAUUUCAUUGUGUAAAAUGACGCUUGUGUCAAUUAUGGUUUUAGUGUGGAAUCGAUGCCUCUUCGAGAAUUAAAUGAAUGUGGAUGAAAGCGAAUGAAAGCAAAUGUAAGUAGAUGAAUAUGACGUAGAAUACAGUCGAUGUGUCUGUUAAGAUGCGAUUUCUCCCUCAUUUAAAGAAUAAUCAAAGAUUUUUACUCGCUUAUGUCACAAAAAAUGACACUUGUGUGUGCACGUAUCAUCUUCUAACGUGCCCUCACAGCCAUCCUGAGCCUACGUUCAGACGGCAACGGACGACUUUUCGCCGGACCGGCUAAAAAAAUUUGACCGGACGUUUGGUUCACACAAGACUGUUCAAUAUUUUCGCUCUGUUCACACGGGACUUAGAACGACUAAGCGUAUAAAUUUCGUACGGUUAAGGUGGUUCCGUGUGAACGGAACACCUUAACCCUUUAAGUCCCAAGAAUGACCAACAUCAAUUUUCUCCUAACAAUUUCAGCAAAUCAUCGACAGUAAAGGUUAUGAGAAUAAACAAAAUGAUCACCUAAGGGAAAAUGCUUUGAUCUUUGAAAAAAUUCUCUCAACUAAUUCUGUAAGGAAAUGUAUGGAGAUCAGUCAGGAGAAUUUGUAUGUGGAUUUUGGGGCUUAGAGGGUUAACAUGCGAAUUUUCAACCGGUCGUUUUGGAUUUUCACCCUGGCUUGCUGAUGGGCAUUCUUGUAGACUUAAGGACAGGCAGUCUUCGCCCCAGCUAUCUGCCUCUGGUUCUCGUGGACAGCUUGUCGUCCGUGGCCAACAUUCUUAACCAAGCAGUCUUCGAAAACCUCUUUCUCGACCCUAAAUUUGGGCAAACUUUGUUUACUUUGACACGGGCUGUUUUGUUCUUUGUUUAGUGUUUAAGCCAUGAAUGUUACUUACGGACCAGUGGAGUUGAAGAAGUUCUUGGAAGAGGCUGCGAGAGUGUCUCAGGUAGAUUUUCGUUUGGUCUCCUGUUUUCCUGCUUUUGAAACCUGCUUAUACAUUUAUACCAGUAAAAUGUAUACUCCAAAAAAGAUGUUAGCUUAGCAGUUCGAGUAGAACUAAUAGUAUAAACUGUUGAUUUCAAUACAGGACCACCCGGUAGUGAUGACAAAGUUUAUCGAAGGUGCCCGAGAAAUUGAAAUGGACGCCGUCGCUAAGAACGGAAAGGUUUGUGAUGUUUGACCAUUUUCUGCUUCAUGUUAACUUAACUAUUAGUUGUCUUCUAAUGGAUUAUCUCUAUUCUUACAGCUCUGUUUUUUGACUUUGGUAUCUUGUUUCCUCCAGGUUGUUGCUCACGCUAUUUCUGAACAUGUGGAGAAUGCUGUUGUUCAUUCAGGAUUCACAAACAAUCAGCGAGGAGGAUAUCCAGCAGGUACGAAAGUGGGUGGGGCUGACCACGUACUGCUAGCAACUAAUCGCAGUAUAGUUCCACGUCAGUAGCUCACUAAUAGGCUUGGUCACGCACCUGCCACCUCGUUUACGCUAAGGAACUUGAGGAGUAGGACCCUUACGUUAACCAAUAUGGGAGGGGCUGACCACGUGCAACUAGCCACUAGUCACAGUAUGGUUGAUGUCAAUAGCUCACGAAUGGGCGUGGUCAGACACGAGUCACCUCUCUUAUGAGUUUGAGGGUGUCCACGUGAUGCCAGAAUCCGUUGUAGAUCUAAAGCUCAACUGGCUUUUUAUUCUAAGAGGCGUAACCAAAGAGGUGUCCCCUUUUCUGCGCUUACGAACUUUGACAGUCGGUGUCCCCAGUUAGUUCUGCAGCCUUUUAUAGACAUAUUAAAUUCUGCAAGCAGAAUACUGCAAUGCUGAUCGUACUACGUGAAAAUUAACUCUGCAAGACAUCAACACGACACCGAAAGAACUCAAAACAGAGCGGGAUUGUAGCCAUAGACAGCUGUUUCGCCCUCUUUGGGGCUCGUCAGUAUGGUUAAUGUUUGUACUGUUGUUGGGCAGGAGCUUAUCCUGUGUUAAAGGAAAGAACAUGUGCCGACAUUGGUAGAGCAUUUAUCAUAACGACAGUGCAGAAAAUUCAAUAGAGCGUUUUCACUCACGUGGCUAGCACUUAAAAGUGUUUACAUGAGAAAAGAGUUCCACUCCCACAGGACUGGUUUGGGACACCAACAUUGCGGAAGUGACGUGAUGUGAACUAUAGUCAUAUUUUCGUAAUAAUUUCAUCGUUAGAAGUAACGUCGAUUUUUUCACACGAUGGUUAAGCCAAAGCAUCGUUCGUGUUACAAUAGUAAAGCAGAAAAACUAAACUGAUUAAUACGGUUUUCUUCUCGGAGAGAUGGAGAAUUAGUUUUUUUCUGUUUGUUUACAUAGUAGUUUUCUUAUUAUCUUUAAAACUGCAUGUCGAAGUUCGCGUAAACGGCAACAAUACAAAAUUGGAUUAAUGGACGAGUUCAUAAAAACCAUAUUCAUUGUCAAAUCCCACUCCUGUCUCUCGAGUUUUGGGUUAAUGCCCAAAAGUAACAGUGAUGUAAACAUCGGAAAAUAACACAGAAUCAUACAGAUGUAGUAUAUAGAAGUGUUGAAAGCACUUCUCUUCCAUCGCGCCAGGUUCUGUUUAUGAUCAACAAUCACAGUUUGCAUGGCGG